AUGGACGUGAAUAUGAAGAAUAACAGAAUGUCGAAAAUAAUAAAAGAGGAAAUUUGUUUCUCGAGUAAUAAGCUGACAGAGGAGGAUGAUAUUCGUUCCGAUUCCCUGGCCAAUCUUAAUAGACCAAAAGUCUGGGCUAUGCCCGAAUAUGAGUAUGCUCUCAGUAGCGCGAUCGAAGAAGACAAUAUUACCAAUGAGAAAAAAAAGAUUGACGGAAAUUCUGCUUCUGAUAAUAGUAAAAAGAAAAAAAAUCGCGACAGAAUUAUAAGCUUUGUUCGUUGGAAAUUUCGAUUCGAGUGGGUUCCGGAUCAAGAAUUCCCGCCCUGGUGGGAAUCUUCAUGUGAAAGACUUCUAUACUCCAAAAUAUUGCCGGGAAAAUUAAAGUCUUUCGUCUGCCCGGAAUGUAGACUUCCCUCUAAUAUGAUUUACGAAGGCGUUUGGAUUUGUCUUAAUCACAACUGUCAGCAUUUUUGGCAGUCUUUGACUGCUCAAUACAAAUGGGAGGAAGUACCAAAAAACCUGAAUUAUGUAAAAGCAUUUUUAAACCCGGGGCUUAUAGAAAAAGAUCAAGCCAUUAAAAUUCCUUUCUCUAUAUUACCGCCACAACCACCAACCGGCUUGAACGAAAAAGAAGAUAGUCCAAUCACUGUGUCUCGAAAGGUGACGCCUGAUGGAGCAAUUGUAUUCCAGUAUAGUUUUCCAGAAGGGGGUCAUGUGAUUCAUAGGCUCGGGAACUUAUCCAUAAAUUCAAUGUCGGAUAAGUUAUUUCUGGAAUUUCAGGACAAAGAUAUCCCUUUUAAAAGGAACAAAGUAAAGAAUGGAAAUCAAAUAGUUGGAUCAGAGUUACUUGCUCGUCAAUUCUCUUUGAAUAUCGGAAAGGAUUAUGAAUUUUCACUAGCGGUAGAAACCUUGCAAUUUGAACAAUGUCCGGAGGUUGUUCAUAAAACCUAUCUUUAUCUUAUUGAGAUGUGUGCCCAACUUGUUCCAGGUGCACAAUUUAAUGAAAUGCUGUUAGUUGCAUAUUUGAAUGAUCAAAGAGAUAAUUUCUUUAAUGCAAUAAUAGAUGAUGGUGAAAAAGGUGUUGCACCAAUUGUUGGCAAUUUAUCUCUUGGAGCUUCGGCUAAACUAAUGUUCCGCAGAAAAAAGAAAGCCUCCGAGAUUCAAAAAUUUCGGGCCUCCGCCAGUACACAGAUAGGAUCGGAAAAUACUUCUUUUGUUAAUGAUGACGAAGUAGCGGUAGGCAGGGAGAAUAGUGACUGUUUGCAAACCGUCUUGGAAAGUCAUGAAGAUAAUAUGAGUAGCAUGGUGCCAAAUGAUGAUUCAUUUUCAUCUGACACAUCUUCCACAAGUACUACUCCGUCAACUAACAUCGAUUCCGAACAAGUUGUCGCUUCUAUUUCCAAAGUCAAAUUACGAUCCCGAAAAAGGGUCAUCUCUACAAAUUCAACAUCGCCAACUGAUUCCAUCACAUCAUCGUCACCACAUCCUCCUAAGAGAUCGCGUUCUCGCAAAAAGGAGGCCCCGAACUCUCCGAAGCCAACUGACCCUAGCUCAUCUUCAUCAUCUACUUCUUCGGUUACCAGUAAUUCCGAUACUUUAGCGGAAAUCUCAUUGCCGACUAUUUCAACUUUGGGGAUCGAGGUUGAGGGUUCGAAUAUAUCAACCAUUCCAAGAACUCCUUUAACCAUGUCACCAGAACCGUUUAAUGGCCUGCCUGUCGAUCAUAUGAAUCUGAACUUAAAAGUUCGCGGAAGUGGACCAGAUUUAGUAUUAAAGUUGAACCAUGGUGAUGUGUUAUUGAUGGUUGGAAAAGAGAUCCAGAAAUAUUAUGAACAGUAA